AUCCUUGACUUUUCGUUGCGCCACUAGCUUCAGAAACCCUCAUCACAUAUUUUCUGAUCUCUUGUAGAAGCUUUAGGGAUGUCUCUAAGGGAGAUCGAAGCCCGCCUGGCCGGGAUAUCCGUUUGCGAGGAGAACGUCAAUCCGUCCUCCGCAUCUCACAGAGCAAAGGUACAUGGUACUCUCUGGCCUCACCGAGACCCAUUUUUACUGACCUAGAUUCUGUCUAGACCAACCCGGCAUCCUCAAGCACUGCUAGCAACUCACUGCAGGACAGGCAGGGUCAGCAAACUGGCCCUCCCCGACAUCCUCUUCUGAAGAUUGCUGUGCACAAUCAGAACCAUGCAAAUAACCAGUGGAAGCCUUCGGAGAUGCCGCCUCCUUCUCCUCCUCGCAAAACUCAAGAUGCUUCGUCAGAGCAGCAGAGAAAGUCGAAUAGCUCGGAUGCUCUGACUAUUCCACGGUCUAUGCCCUCCUCACGCGAAUUCCACCUUGGGAUGUUUGAGAUAGGGCGUCCCUUGGGUAAAGGGAAAUUUGGCCGUGUAUAUCUCGCCAAAGAACGCAAGAAUGGAUUUGUUUGCGCCCUGAAAGUUUUGCAUAAGAGCGAGCUCCAACAGGGGAAGGUUGAGAAACAGCUCCGGAGGGAGAUUGAGAUUCAGUCAAACCUGAGACAUCCCAAUAUCCUUAGAUUGUUCGGCCAUUUUCACGACUCGAAGAGGGUUUUCUUGAUACUUGAGUUUGCCGGACAAGGGGAACUCUACAAGAUGUUGAGGAAGGUUGGGAGGUUCUCUGAGAGGCGUGCAGCCGAGGUACGUUGUUGUUGUUGUUGCAAAGCCUACCUUAUGUCUCUAGCUAACCAUGUUGGCGUAUUUAGUACAUUGCUCAAAUGGCCGCUGCUCUUCAGUAUCUUCAUAAGAAGCAUGUUAUCCAUCGCGAUAUCAAACCUGAAAACAUCCUUGUCGGAAUACAUGGUGAGAUCAAGAUAUCCGAUUUCGGCUGGAGUGUGCACGCUCCUAAUUCGAGGUAUGGUCACUCUUCCGGUGGCAUUCUUGGCCCAUUGCUGAGUUUGAGUACUACAGACGUACCACCAUGUGCGGAACUCUUGACUAUCUCCCACCAGAGAUGUUGAAUGGCAGCAACUACCACAAUGAGAAAGUGGACUUGUGGUCUCUGGGUGUUUUAACAUACGAGUUUUUGGUUGGAGCAGCGCCGUUUGAGGAUUCACCUGUGGAGACACAACGGAGAAUCGUCAGGGCUGAUAUGAAGAUCCCCGAUUUCGUCAGCCCCGAAGCGGGCGAUCUUAUUAAAAAGGUAUGUUUCCAUGGUCACAUCUGAAGGACUUGUCUAGCCAUACUUAUACUACCUUAGCUACUUGUUAUCAAACCGGAUCAACGAAUCCCAUUGGAGGAGGUUGCAAAACAUCCAUGGAUCUUGAAGCACUGUGCGCCAAAACCUGGAGCGAAUAUCACAAAGCGCUCAGGCGGGAGCACUGAAAAGUCAUGACAUGUGUAUGGGGGGGAGGGGGUGGUUGAUUUGGUGCGAGUCACGAGUUAUUCUGCGCGCCGCCCGUCCACCGGAUCUUGACGUUUUGGUCGCAAGAUGGGAAAGCAUGGAAGGGGGGAUUCGUCUUUUUUUCUUUUUCCUUUUCUUUUAUUUGGGAUUAAUUUCAUCUGUACUGCGUCUCCUGCUUUUUGUUGUUGUUAUUUUGUGCUUUGGCGUGUAGGGGUUCAUAUAUCCUUCUGGGGUUAAAGGUCAAUGAUAAUUCUAUGUUGUACAA